AUGGCCUUCAUUGCAGCUCUGGGGCUCUUGAUGGCUGGGAUCUGCCCUGCUGUCCUCUGCUGUCCAGAGGACACAUUAGGAAAGCACACUCCAGUCCAGAAAGACAGAGACCAUGAAACACAACUGGACAGUCUUACAUUGGCCUCCAUCAACACUGACUUUGCCUUCAGCCUCUACAAGAAGCUGGCUUUGAAGAAUCCACAUAAAAAUUUUGUCUUCUCCCCACUUAGCAUCACAAUUGCCUUGGCCUCCCUGUCCCUGGGAGCAAAGGGCAACACUCUGGAAGAGAUUCUAGAAGGUCUCAAGUUCAAUCUGACAGAGACCCCUGAGGCAGACAUCCACCAGGGCUUUGGGCACCUCCUACAGAGGCUCAGUCAGCCAGGGGACCAGGUACAGAUCAGCACAGGCAAUUCAAUGGUUGUUGAAAAGCACCUGCAGAUCCUGGCAGAGUUCAAGGAGAAGGCAAGGGCUUUGUACCACACUGAGGUCUUCACAGCAGACUUCCAGCAGCCUCGUGAGGCCAGAAAGCUCCUCAAUGACUAUGUGAGCAAUCAGACGCAGGGGAUGAUCAAGGAACUGGUCUCAGACCUGGAGGAGAGGACAUCCAUGGUGAUGACGAAUUUUGCCCUCUUUAACGGUAAAUGGAACAUGACAUUUGACCCUUAUGAAACGUUCAUGGGGACAUUCAUAGAGGACAGGAGGACACCCGUGAAGGUGUCCAUGAUGAAAAUGAAGGAACUGAGGGCACCCUACUUCCGGGAUGAGAAAAUGAAAUGCACUGUGGUGGAGCUGAACUACAAAGGCAAUGGCAAGGCCAUGUUCAUCCUCCCUGACCAGGGCAAGAUGAAGCAGGUGGAAGCCAGCUUACAACCAGCAACUCUGAGGGGAUGGAGGAAAUCUUUGAGGCCCAGGAUGAUAGAUGAGCUCUACCUACCCAAGUUCUCCAUAUCCAAAAACUACAGACUGGAGAACAUCCUUCCAGAACUGGGUAUCAAGGAAGUCUUCUCCACACAGGCUGACCUGUCAGGGAUUUCAGGAGGCAAGGAUGUAAGAGUCUCUCGGAUGUUUCACAGCGCUGCGCUGGACAUGACUGAGACAGGCACAGAAGCCCGUGCCACCACAAGAGACAAAUAUGACUUCCUGUCCACUAAAAGCAACCCUACAGUUGUUAACCUUAACACACCAUUCCUGUUCUGUGUUUUACACUCAGAUUCUGAGAAUAUCGACUUUAUGGGCAAGAUCAACAACCCUGCACAAAACUAGAACUCCCCAAGGGGUGGGUCUUCUUCCCAGUUUCAAAGACUGAGUCUAAAGAUGCUUUUCAGGUUCCAUCCUCUGACUGGCUAUGGCAUGCUUAUAAUUGUUCAGUGACCUUGAUCAACUUUAGUGGUCACACAUUCACAGGAGCUUGAGGAUGGUCUGGGUCAGGCUCCCUGUCUUCUUGGCAACUCUAGCUCAUAUUCCUGAGCCUAAAACCUGUCUUUCUUCCAUUUUCCUGCUUAUUUCCCUGUAUCUGCCUCUACCCAAAAGCCUGAGCCCUGACAGGUAGGUGCUUUCCCAAUUUGGGCUCUGGUUUUGUCUGCUUUGGCUUCUGUAGCAUUAAUGGGGCCAUCUAUGUAAGCUUAUAGGCCAACCCAUGAGAACAACAGGUUCAGGAACAAGAUGGGAACUUGCUGCCCUGUGUCUAUUGGCAGCAUCUGGAACACGUGGUGGCCAGUUCUGUCUCACUCUUUCUCUACCAUAGGAUCUGUCACCUAGUGACCAGUGCAGAGUCUCUGGAUCCUGCUCACAGAUUGGAGUCCUCCCUCCUGCAGCUGCAUGGGGUCUGUUGGUCGGACCCGAGUCUCUUCCCCCCUAGCAUUCCUGCUCAGGGCAGAGUGGUAGCCUUUCCCCUAACUUCCCAGCUGACCGAUCUCACAGGACAGAUGGACACUUCCACCUUCAUCACCCAAAAUGAAAAGGCAGGAGCAAAGGAUGAAUAAACGUAUACCUGCACAGA